GAGAAGGGCAGAGCAGCGCUCGCCUCACUGGAGCAGGAGAGACUUCCCCAGUAGAGGGCGUAGCCUGUGGGUGCUGGGUCUCGGUGAGCCGUACGCAACGUCAGAGACGGGAACAACCCUAGCCCCGCCCCUGCCGCCAGCGACGCGCUCUGAUUGGAGGGAGGAACCAUCACUUGGCAGCGCCGUUGGGGUAGGAGGAAGAGAGCUGGGCCGAAGGUGACGCUGAGGCGGCCGAGUUGCGGAAAGCGGAGUGGCCCCUGAGUGAAAGGGAGCCUCGGCAGCACUUCGGCCACUCUCCCCCAUCUCUCUGCGGUGAAUGGCGGCGGGAUGGAGCACGAGGGAAGCGGCGCCAGCGGAGGCUCGGCCGGGCUCCUGCAGCAGAUCCUCAGCCUGAAGCUCGUGCCGCGGGUGGGCAACGGGACCCUGUGCCCCAACUCCACUUCUCUCUGCUCCUUCCCAGAGAUGUGGUAUGGUGUGUUCCUGUGGGCACUGGUGUCCUCUCUCUUCUUUCAUGUCCCUGCUGGAUUACUGGCCCUCUUCACCCUCAGACAUCACAAAUAUGGUAGGUUCAUGUCUGUAAGCAUCCUGUUGAUGGGCAUCGUGGGACCAAUUACUGCUGGAAUCUUGACAAGUGCAGCAAUUGCUGGAGUGUACCGAGCCGCAGGAAAGGAAAUGAUACCAUUUGAAGCCCUCACCUUGGGCACCGGCCAGACGUUUUGUGUAGUGGUGGUCUCCUUUUUGCGGAUUUUGGCUACUCUAUAGCAUACACCCUCCAGCUACGAUGUCGAACCUACGCUUUUAUAGACUCCUCCAAAAGAAUACGUUAUGGAAUGUAGUGUUUUCUUAGUUCUCCAAAUGGAAGCAACUCGGAUGAAAAAGUAUGUGAAGAACAACACCUCAGCCCUUCCUUAGUUUGAAGCUCCGAGAAUCGAAGUGAAGAUCUUUCUGAACUCCUAUUGUUUUCAACCAAAGCAAAUCAAGUUUCUUGGGCUUUUUCUUUUUUUUUUUUUGGUGGAUAGUUAAGCCAUUUUCCAGGUGCACCUUUACCCAAGCCAGGUCCACAGUGCUUCUGGGUUGGCAUCCUUCGCACUGAAACGUACAAUAUCUGUGAGAAAAUGCAAUGUUGCAUAUUUCAUGGAAACUGUGGAAAUUUUUGGUUUAUUUCUGAGCAGAGUAGACAUACUAAAAUCUUAUUUGGUCUAAUCUUGAUUAAAAUUUGGCAGACUCUUCUUCUGAUACACCUUCAUGACAGUCAGUGCCAAGUAGGUUUCGGUUGAGUACCGCUUUGAGAACAAAAACAGGAAAAAAAAUCUAGAACACAAGUAGUGGCUUUCAGUCCACUAUUUAAAGAAAAAGAUACCUACUGAAAGAUGUGACAUUUUAUGGAUAACUCUCUUGACCUCUAGUUAUUUAAUAUAUUUUAAGACGUGAAUUUGUUGUUUUUUAAGUUUUGUCAAAAUAAGCUAGCUAAUUGAGACUUUUUUUUUCAGAAUUCCUAUACCACUAUUUCCUAUCACUUUCAUUCUAUUAAUUUUAUUUAGUUUAAUUGGGAACAUACCUCAUGAAAUAGCUCCAGUUAAAAAUUUUAAGCCAGAUUGGUUAGGAUAUUCUUUUUAACAUUGAGGCACACAAAAAAGAUACUUAAAUAUUCUGUUAGUUUUUUGUAGUGACUUUGGUUUAUUAAUGGCGUUUGAAAAAACUGUGGAAGUGCAGCUUAAAGUAGAGUUUCUGGUCACUGAUUUCUUAGUCUUAAUGUGGUUACCGAGUGGCGAGUCUUCAGCCCACUUUGACAGUAUUGGGUGUCACUCCCAGAAAGUGCCUAAAGUUGAAUUUUCACAGCUCUCUCCACUGUGCACUAUACAUUCUCCUUCAAGGGAAUUUGUAUCCUUAAAGAGAAUUAAAUAUCGAGAGUCUUUUAAACCCAAUUUUAGCUAUUUUAAUUUUUCUUCUACUACCUAACUUUCUUUUUCAUUGAAAGGCCUGAAAACUGUGAUCUUCAAAAGAGAUAGGAUUGCAAAAAUUAUCUAACUUGAUCCUUACCACCUAAACUGUUUUGUAUGGAGUACAAUCAGUGUUGUUUUCUGUUUUCAAAAUAGUUUCUGGUAAUUAAGUCUGACAUUUUAAAGGAAAGUUUUCAUUGUGAGAGUCAGGCUAAGAGCCCAUGAGGUCAUGUGCACAUGAAUGUAUCUCUUCCAAUUAGAGCAAUAUGCACUCAGCUUCUGAUUAAAAAAUAGCCAAGAGGACCAAUUUAACCAGAGAUAGUCCAAGAGAAAAAUUACAAAGGGAUCAUAAAAAUUAACUGGAUAUUUUCUUUGAAUAGGCCAUUAGCCCACUUAUCAAAAUUAUAGUGACACAUACUCAAGACCAAGUGGAAAAUUACAAGUAGAGCUGGAACGCAGGCAAAUGUCCUUACAAAUUCCCCAACAAGAUUACCCUCCAAGUGCUCAAAUCUUCCUUUGAAGCAAAUUUUAAGUCUUUAGUUAAAGACUCCAUUUUUCAGUUCAAGGAGUUGUGAUUUUGAAAAGUAGCCCUUCAGUUUAAGAAAUUUUGGGAUAUUGUAUCCUUUAUUAUAAGAAAUGAUUUUAAAAAUCUCUAUUGAAGGAUGCUUCAUAGCGUUCUCAUCUAAAACAUUCUUUUGGAUAGAAUUUCACAAAUUGAACAUGAACAGGGCCAGAGGUGGGUGGGCCCCUCCCCCUGAAUACUAAUUUUUGAACAUAUUGAUCCAUGAUUUGAAUGUUUGGUUAUUUUUCCUUUAGAGCCAAGACACAAAAAUGAAUGCAUUUUGAAAGAUGUCUUUGUUUCCAUCUGUUUCUUGCUUGCUAUAUUUUGAUUAUCCACUCUUUUUAAAAACUUCAAAUAUAAAAUGUUGUGUACCUUCAAAUUACUGAAUGCUUCAUCCAUCCCACUAUGUGAACAUUCUCUUGUGAAUAAAUGUUAUAUAGACUUUAUACAGAUUGAGCUUUGUAGCUUGAAUGUUUUCAGGGAGAAACUAUUUGAUAAAGUAUGUCUGUUAUCUCUCGUUUUUGUUGUUUUUAAAUUUCUCGUCUCAAAUACACAAUUAUUUGGGGGUGGUUGUUCAGAUGAAAAAAUAUUGGCAUUUAUGUUGAAAAUUUUAUUUUACCAUAUAUAGUUUUUUGAGAAUUUUUGCCAACAACUGGCUUUCUUAGAGACAUAUGCAACCAUCCCUCCCCAGCUCUGCACCCACCCUUUUUUUAUGCAGAGGAGGGAGGCAACCCCCAACCAUAAAAGCUGAUUUCUGGAUUCUUUGAUAGAGGGAUUUGGAAGCCAUUUCAUGAAAACUUAAGUCCAUCUACAGAUGCGUAACGAAGAUCCCAAGAGAAAGAUGUCUCUUUGUGCUAUUAACUCUUAUUUUUGCAUCAAAACAUUACUCCUUAGGAAAUGUCUAAAGUAGUGAGAAAAAGUUCAUGCAAAUAACUACCUUUAAACCCUUGUGUUUUUUAAUUUUUUAAAUUGUGUGUUGGCUUUUGAUUCCACUGUCCUUUCUGACUGCUCUGGUUUGAAUUAAGUUCUUACAACAUCUGCACUGCAUACCAGUCUUCCCUAAGAACCCAUUUCCUGGAAUGUGAAGCCCUGGUGCCAUUAGCUCUCCAAACGCAGAAAGUUUUGUGUAUGUGCAUUUCUUUUCUGUGCACUCUGUGAGGCUGGUUGUGACUAAAAUCAGCUUAACUUUUUGUAUUAGAUUAUUUCACUAACUGCUACAAAGUGAUCAAAUCUUUGUACAAUAGAAAAUUAUUUAAAUUUUAUUUUUCUACUGACAUUUCUAAUUCUGGUAUAAAUGUUUAUCAAUAAAGAAUUACUUCCAAUUCUGUGAA